GCUGUUGAUGUCAGGAGCAGAGAGAGGAGGGGAACGUGAGGAAUGGCUGAAAACUGAGGGUGAUAUCCUGUUGUAGGAAACAAACCAGAGCGUACUUCUAACUCAAGACUUAGCCGCCUCGGUAUCAGUCGGUAAGCGACGCAUUAACACACAGGCACCGUUUUUGUGUACGUGGUUAUUUAAUGGGACACCGAAAACGCAAAAAACCGCAAGGUAGGCUACUUCUCCUGUCGCCGCCAGACCUGCUACUUUAUUUUCAUGGACUAAUACGACACAGAGGAGGGUUGAGAAAUGUUUCACGGUGAGGUUAUCCGCUCGUCUUGGAAGAUAAUGUUAGUGUUUUGACAUUAGCCGUGCGUUAGCAUUGAUAUUUUUUGGUGUCCGCUGCGUGAAUGAACAUUAAAUUGUUAUUACGAAAAGCGACGGUAAGGCGCAAUCUCUUCAUGCCUCAACCGACCACAUGAGAAGUCGACGUCCGGAAUAGGUUCAACCGCAAAACAAGGCCCCCCCCCACCGCAACCCCCACCGGCUCGUUUUUAUCUCUUUCACCUGAACCGAAGAGAAGGAAAAUGCGUGUGGACUUGUUUUGGAUGUGUUUGUGGUGUUUCCUUCGCCCUGGUGCCACCGGUCAAGGGCAGUCGACGGUGUGUGUACCCUCAUGCAGCUGCGAUGAAGAUGGGGGUGCAGACUGCUCCGGGAGAGGACUGACCAGCGUCCCAACCGGGCUCAGUGCUUUCACCUACUAUCUUGACCUGAGCAUGAACAACAUCACUGAGCUUCCAGCAUAUGUCUUCAAGAACUUCCACUAUCUGGAGGAACUACGACUUGCGGGGAAUGACCUGUCAUUCAUCCACCCUGAAGCCCUGUCUGGACUGCAUCAGCUCAAAGUCCUGAUGCUCCAGAAUAAUCAGCUGAAGACUGUGCCCAGUGCAGCCCUGAAAAACCUUCAGUCACUUCAGUCUCUUCGCCUGGAUGCAAACCACAUAACCACAGUCCCAGAUGACAGUUUCGAAGGCCUUCAGCAGCUGCGCCACCUCUGGUUGGAUGAUAAUAACCUGACUGAGGUCCCCAUCAGUUCUCUGAGACACCAGGCAAACCUUCAGGCUCUUACGUUGGCACUCAACCGCAUCUCGUACAUACCAGACAACUCCUUUGCAAACCUCACCAGUCUAGUUGUGCUGCAUCUCCAUAAUAACAGAAUUAAGGAGAUAGGAGAGAACUGCUUUGCUGGUCUCGUCAACCUGGAGACUUUAGAUCUUAACUUCAACAACCUGAUGGUUUUUCCUAAAGCAAUUCAAGCCCUGCCCAAACUCAAGGAACUUGGAUUUCACAGCAAUGAUAUUGCUUCCAUACCUGAAGGAGCCUUCCAUAACAACCCGUUUCUGAGAACCAUACAUCUCUAUGACAACCCUCUGUCCUUCGUGGGUGCUUCAGCUUUCAAGAAUCUGUCUGACCUGCACUCCCUGGUGGUGAGAGGGGCCAGCAUGAUGCAGGACUUCCCCAUUCUUACAUUCACUAAUAACCUUGAGAGCCUGACCCUGUCAGGAACCAAGAUAUCGUCCAUCCCUGCUGAUCUCUGUGAGGAUCUCAAGUUGCUCCGGACGUUAGAUCUGUCCUACAAUGAAAUCAAGGAGCUACCAUCUCUCCUGGGCUGUUCCCGUCUGCAGGAGAUAAGCUUUCAGCACAACCAAAUUCAACAGAUUGACAGGGAGACUUUCCAAGGUCUCUCUGUUCUCCGUUUACUAGACCUGAGUAGAAAUAAAAUCCGAGUUAUCCACAGAGAGGCUUUCCUCACUCUCAGCACACUUACCAACCUAGACCUGAGUAUGAACUCUUUGACUGUGAUUCCAACCACUGGGCUGAGCGCACUCAGUCAGUUGAAACUCUCAGGAAACCCACAAAUGAAAAAUGUGCUGACUGGAAAAAACCUGCCCAAACUCAGGUCCAUCUCGGUCCCUUAUGCGUACCAGUGCUGUGCGUUUGUCGGAUGUGACUCAAUGAUGAGUUCCUCCGAGUCAAAUGAUGUAAAGAAAUCUGCAGGCGGGGACGAUGUUGAAAGAAUCUCCAUUAUUGUGCAUUGCUCUCCUUUACCAGGAGCCUUCAAGCCGUGUGAGCACCUGCUGGGUAACUGGAUGAUCCGUCUGACCGUCUGGUUCAUCUGUCUGGUGUCUCUGGUCUUUAACAGCCUGGUGCUGGUGGUAACCUUUGCCCCUUCUCAUCGAGCUGCAGGCCACACCCACUCCUUCUACCCGCCCCUCUCUCCAGCCAGGUUGCUGAUGGGGCUGCUGGCUCUGGCCAACCUGCUCACAGGCCUGUAUGUUGGCGUGCUGACCGUCCUUGACUUUGCUACCUGGGGUUCUUUUGCAGAGUUUGGUGUGUGGUGGGAGAUGGGGCCCGGCUGUCAGAUCACAGGAGCUUUGGCGGUCUUCUCCUCAGAAUGGGCAGUUUUGUUGCUGUCACUGGCUGCAGUGGAGCGCAGUGUGGCAGUGCGGACAAUACUCAGGAAAGUUAUGUCACCCAGAAGGAACGUCAGCAGCCAUCGAGGAUGCUUGAGAGGAGACAGACGCUUCAGCUUGGCCGCGGGACUGCUGGGGCUGUUGGCUGCUGCUGGAGCCUGCCUAACAGUCCUGACCUCCAGUGAGCACUCCACCUCUCCCCUCUGCCUGCCGCUCGCUGGUGGUGAGAGUCCAGCCUUGAGCACCACAGUCGCUCUUGUGCUGCUCAACGCGCUGGCUUACCUGUUCACUGCAGCUGUGUACACGCAGCUGUACUGCCAUCUGGGCAGGAUGGAGCUGGUCGAUCCAGAGCAGACAGGAGCCCUGCGACAUGUUGCCUGGCUUGUCUUCACCAACUGCAUCUUCUUCUGCCCCGUAGCAGUUUUCUCCUUUGCCCCUCUCCUGACUGGCUACACAGCCGGGGGCCCGGAGAUCGCCAAGUCUGUCACCCUCAUUUUCUUCCCGUUGCCUGCGUGUCUAAACCCGGUACUGUACGUGUUCUUCAGCCCGGCCUUCAGGGAGGACUGGCUGAGACUACGUGGACUCAGAGGUUUGAGCAGGGAGUUUAAGGCUGGUGCUGAAAGCCAUGGAGAUGAUGGCAGUGGAGGGUCAGAGCUCACAGACGGGGGCUCAUCUACCCACCUGGGCUAUGACUGUGGGAUGUACACACAGCUCUGUGGAGAGACAGGUUUGUGUGAGCAGUGCGAGGCAGCACUGCAUGCCAGGGCCUGCUCUUCCCCCUCAGUCUGUAGACACUUGGUGAAGUCUCAUAGCUGUCCCACCCUCCUGGCAGGAGCUGCACUCUGUCAGCGCGCUGAGGGGUUCUGGGCAGACAGCGGCACACCCUCUGCUCAGUCUGAGUAUGCAGACGAGGGGGACUCAUUUGUGUCGGACAGCUCGGACCAGGUUCAGGCCUGUGGCAGAGCCUGCUUCUGUCAGAGCAGAGGACUCCCUCUGGUACACUACUCAUACAACAUACCUCGAGUCAAAGACUAAGGAUGCUUCAGAGCACCACAUGUGAAUUUAGAUGCUACAAGGAUAUGUAAACAUUUUUAUAACAGACAAAAUGUGCCAAUCACCCUGCUAAAGACUACUCAAAGAGCACUUAUGUUUGUAUUUACUGUGUAAACAGAGAUGCAAUCACUCUUUAAAGGGAACUCAGUAAAUGAUCUGAACUGAGCACUUCAUGAUUCAAACUGGUCUACAAAGGAUCUUGCAAAGAAGAAUCUUGCCACCAGUGCCUGCCUCUUGCUUUAGAAUGGAGAUCACAAUGUUGCAAGCCUCAAUGUGUGUCAACAAUUUUGUGAUUCAUCAGUUUGAACUGAUCUCAUAAGCUUUUCAUUUUUAAUCGUUUUACAUAUUUUCAAAAAAUUUUACUUCUCCACAGCAACUGUUGAUUUUAUACUCUGAUUUUUUUUUUUACAUAAAUGUAGCACAUGUAAUAAUCAUCCCAGACUGUUCUGUGUGAAUGUAACUUUAGGUGGAAGAGGGAUAUUCUUACAUCAGCAAUAACUUCUUCCCUACCUUGCCUCUAUAAUCUACCGUCUGAGAAUGGUUUGAGUAAAUGCCAGUCUAUUCUAAACACUUCUUUGCUUUAAGACUAAGAAUGUGAUCAAAGUAGCAGAUGUCACUGUUUUAUGAACAGCUAUGCUCGGUGGUGGUGAAAGACGUUAUUUAUUGUAUGAGCAGGAGCGACAAUUUCAGGUGUAUGAAAGACGGCCUUUGAAUAAUGAAUACGAUAUAACCCAAGCAUUCACCUAAACAACAGCAGCUCUUGUUGUGUAACCCUCAAUAGAACACAUACACGUCUAGGUCAUUAUUUUUAUUAGUUUGAAGGAUAAUUACAGUUACUUUUAAAUCUGGGCCUUCAUUUUUACAGAUUUUUUUUUGUUUGAUUUGGAUCAAACUUUAUUUCUUUAUUUACAGGAUUAUUUUUGGAGGAAGCCUCAUAAUACCUCGUAACACCGGUUAUCUUAGCUUAGCCAAGCUGAACACAAAGUUUGGAAGCAGAUGGAAACAGCUGGUCUAUUUAAUCUUUUCAAAAGUGUCAUAAUAAAGUCUGAUGUACGUCGCUUUUGAGUAAAAGCGUCUGCUACAUGAACUGUAGAAUUGUAGUUAAACAUGCAAAAUGUAAAGUAUCAGUAAGUGAGAUUUAGAGCUGUUUUAUAACACAGUCAAGCUCACUCUUUACCACUGUUUCCACUCUAUUUCCAAACCAAAAUAAGAUCAGUUUACCAAUCCCAGGUCCUUAUCUUACUCUGGGUACGAUAUUUCUCAAAAUGUCAAUAGAAAAAUGUUGAAGUAUCUAUUUAAUGACCAACACACAACACACCUAAACAAAUUUGUUUAUUUAAAUCAACAAUUUCACUUGAGUUUAAGAGUAAUGGCUGCUGUAUGUUUCUAGUUGAUUUACCAUUUAUCUUUGAACAUAAUUUAGCUUAUGAUUGACAAGUUAAACACACACAUACCGUCCAAAUUCAACACCUGAAUAUAAUCCCACUCUUAACAUUAUAUUUUUCAACAUGAUUUGAAAGCAGCACAAGACUGGCAGCCAGCUGAGUCAACAAGAAAGUGAAAAUGCUUUGCCAAAAAAAAAGACAUGAAAUGGACCAUUGUAAAUGAAAACAGGGUGAUUAUUAUUGUCCUGUGUAUUCAAAGAGACAGAACCUGUAGACUGUAUUUUUCAUUUAAAGGAUUAUUUGUUUAAGUUUGUAAGCACACGGUCGGUCUGUGUGCUAUAAAAUAUGUUAUUUGGCAUGGUGGUACAAAAAAGAGAAAAUAAGGCCUGUGUUUAAUCCUCUGCCUCGUGUCUUUCAAACACUCAUUGUCUGUUCAUUCUAGUCUGUAUUACUCUGAAAAUUAUUUUAUUGUAAUUUAAUGUAGAUCUUUUUUCACCCUGAGAGCUGAGCUGUGUGUGUCGGGAGAUUGACUGAUGUUUGGUGUGAUGGAGCAUGACUGUACACAUUGAGGUGGAUACACCCUCGGAGCAUGUAUCCACAAGUGCAUGUCAUGUGAGUGCUCAGGAAUUUAGCCAACAUAGGGAACCGUUUUCUGCCACCAACAUGUCUCCUUAUAAUGCGACAUCGAAAUGUUAUCUUAUGGGGUUUUUAUUUUCAUUUUUUUAGGAAUUGUCUCGACUGGGUGUGUAAACUCUUGCACCAUCCAAAAUGUCUGUCGAUUGUUUUGAGAUGUCCCAUCUGGUGAAAAUGUCCAAACCUUUUUUUCUAUUAGUUUGGUUGUUGGUUUUUGUAUUGUAAUGUAAAUUAUUUGAAAAGAAUAAAGUAAUCAAGAAUGGGAUGCUAACUAAGGAAGCUACCUCCUCUACUGUAGUGGCCGCCAGCAGUGCUUUGUAAAAGAAAAGUCUGUUUUUCUUUUAUCUUGUUUUUUUUUUUGCUUUUGGGCUCUAUGUUGAAAUGUGUUGUACAUCAUCAUUUAAGAAAAGUACAAAUUGUGGGAGGAAUCUAUGUACUGUAUACUGUGAUUUUUUUUUUUUUUUUUAAACCAAACAAUAAAACUAUUACAUUUUAUUUUAUUUUUUUAUAGAUACAAAUUUGCAGAAUAAUCCAGAUUAUAAACCCAAUCUCACUGCAAAUUACAUUUUUAUUUGUAGUUUUUCAUGUGAGAUCUUUCCAAGGGGUCCAUCUGUUAGGAAUAAAUCUGUUUAUUGUGAAUGAAUAAAAUUGGAAGAACACAA